AUGUCAGGACUCGAGAAAGCACUCUUCAACCUGAAGUUCACGACGAAGCAACUAAACCGCCAGGCUGCGAAAGCUGGCAAGGACGAGAAGACAGAGAAGGACAAGGUUAAGAAGGCAAUCCAACAGGGCCAUAACGACAUCGCCAAGAUCUAUGCGCAGAACGCAAUCCGCAAGCAGAACGAACGCUUAAACUUAUUGAGACUUGGUAGUAGGAUUGAUGCGGUGGCUAGUAGAGUGCAGACGGCUGUUACGAUGCGUCAGGUUACGGGAAGCAUGAUGAAUGUUGUCAAGGGGAUGGAUCAGGCGAUGAAAGCUAUGGAUUUGGAAAAGAUCUCCGCAGUAAUGGACCGCUUUGAAACACAAUUCGAAGACCUAGACGUCGCAACCGGCUACUACGAAAGUGCCACCACCUCCGCAACAGCUGUCGGCACGCCGCAAGAAGACGUCGAUAGGCUGAUGAACCAGGUUGCGGAUGAGGCGGGCGUUGAGAUUUCUCAGGAGAUGGAGGGUGCGAAGCCUGUGGCUGCGGCGCCGGUGAAGAGUGGGCCGACGGAGGUCGAGGAAGAUGGGUUGGGUGAGAGGUUGAGGGCGCUGAGGUCGUAG